UCAGCGGUCAGCUGCUAAAUUCCGCGUGCGUCUUAUUGUUCGAUCCCUAAAUUCCCAAUUCCCCGAAUCACUCCGAAAUUCCCAAUUCCCUCCUCAAUUCCUAGAUUCUCGAAUCCAAUCGGUCUCUCUCAGAAACAAAUGAGACGAUCGGUGAUCUUCCUUCUCCUGUUUGCUCCCUUGAUCGGCUGUUUCGUCAAGUCUGGUUCAGCCGAGGAGACCUCCCUCGCCAACCCAGAUUCCGCCGGCGGCGCUCUCCAGCUCUUCAGCUCUCUUCUGCCUCCUGCACUUAGGAAUGAUGCAGCGCUUUUGGUCACAUUGGAUGGCAAGGUAGUUUCUGUCAACCCCAAGACGAUGGAGAUUGAGUGGGCCUUGUCCUCUGGUUCCCGAAUUCACUCUUCCUAUCAGAACGUCUCUUAUUUCAACAACCGCAGGAGUGAUGAUGAUGAUGAUGAUCACUCUUUCAUUGAUAUUGGUGAAGACUGGGCCCUCUAUCGUCACAGCAACACCAACCAGAAGAAGAAGAAACUGUCGUCGAGUAUUAGAGAAUAUGUCGCAACUACUCCGCUAGUUUCCGAGGAUGGAGGAGUCACAUUGGGGUCAAAGAUCACUAAAGUAUUUGCUGUUAAUGCUGUGACCGGACAAGUAAUUCAUAGUUUUAGGUUGGGUGAUAAUACUCCUUCAGCUACUUUAGGUAUGGAAUCCACCAGUGCCGAGGGGUUGGAAACAUCUGGACUGGUGUUGUAUCUCGAGAGAACAGAUUACACACUGCAGCAUUGUACAGUCAAGGGCGAUCUUCUGUGGAAAUUAGAAAUUGCAGAGUUUGAUGCUCACUUUCGAUAUCCUAAAAUUGGAAAUGGGCUUGGUCUAGAGGACAGGCUUAUUGCUAACUCAACAGUGCCUUAUCAGAAGGAGAAGCCUGUUGUCAUUCGGGUUCCUUAUCGUAAUUCGGUGGAAUCUCGUUCUGUAAUUGACGGUCUAACUGAUGGGUAUUAUGGAGGCAAACCUCUCCCCCUUGAAGGUCCUCAUAACGAUCUUCUGGCACUGCCUUUUGACAAAGGUGCUGUACCUCCUCACAACAAUGAAGGCAGAGAAAUGCUUGCUUUGCCCUCUCUUGAAUUUGUGGACUCUAGGAUCUUGGCUCUCCCUACUAGAGAUGUUGGUAAACUGGACAUCACAAGCUCAGUGGCUGAAUCUAUUACUAACUUCCCCAUACAAUCUCUUUUUGUAUUUCUUCUCACCCUAUUAUCCAUUCUGGGAUAUAUCUUUCGUUUUCUGACUGGAAAACAGCGUAAACUGAAAGUGGUGGCUGAGGAAAGUAAAGCGCAAGCAGGAGCUCCCAAAAAGAAGAAAACUCGAAGAUUGGGAAAUAAUAAGAAGAAUUUCAGUUAUGAGAAAGACGCAAGAAAUUUGUCGUAUGAAUAUAAGUUUGGUGAAUCUAAUGGACCUGCACUUGGGGAAAGAAAUGAAACAAAAUUGCUCUUGACCUCUUCUGAUUUUAUUGAUCGUGACAACGAGGGACGUAGGAUUGGCAAGUUACUUGUUUCCAGUAAUGAAAUUGCUAAGGGGAGUAACGGUACCAUUGUACUUGAGGGUAUCUAUGAUGGUCGUCCAGUAGCUGUUAAACGCCUUGUGCGAACUCAUCAUGAUGUGGCUUCGAAAGAGAUUCAGAAUCUUAUUGCGUCUGAUCAGCAUCCAAAUAUUGUCCGUUGGUAUGGCGUGGAGCAUGAUCAAGAUUUUGUCUAUAUAUCCUUGGAGCGCUGUUCAUGUAGCUUAAAUGACUUGAUUUAUUAUUACUCAGAGUCUUCUCAAGGCCAAAUUAUCAACAAGGAUGAGGAUCCUCACUUUUUGGCCGAGUAUCGCAUUCAAUUGCAGGCAAUCAUGGGAAAGAACAAGAAUGUUGAAUUGUGGAAGACAAAUGGAUACCCUUCACCCCAAAUGUUAAAAUUAAUGAGUGAUCUUGUUUCUGGACUUGCCCAUUUGCAUGAACUUGGAAUUAUACAUCGGGAUCUAAAGCCUCAGAAUGUUUUGAUAAUCAAAGGCAGAUCGUUAUGUGCCAAGCUUUCAGAUAUGGGUAUCAGCAAACGCCUUCAAGGGGACAGAUCUUCCAUAACCCAGCAUGCUACUGGCUAUGGGAGUUCAGGUUGGCAAGCACCUGAACAACUUCUCCAUCAGCGGCAAACACGUGCAGUAGAUUUAUUUAGUUUAGGUUGUCUCCUCUUUUUCUGUCUCACUGGGGGUAAACACCCUUAUGGGGAUAGUAUCGAGCGUGAUGUGAAUAUAGUGAAUGAUCGGAAAGACCUAUUCUUGGUAGAGAAUAUACCAGAAGCAAUGGAUCUUUUUACUCGUCUCUUGGAUCCCAACCCUGACAUGAGGCCAACAGCUGUGGAUGUGUUGCAUCAUCCCUUUUUCUGGAGUUCUGAGACGAGACUUUCGUUUCUGCGUGAUGCUAGUGAUCGGGUUGAAUUGGAGGAUAGGGAGACUGCAUCCCAGCUCUUAAGUUCAUUAGAAAGUACUGCAGCAGUUGCUCUAAAUGGUAAGUGGGAUGAAAAGAUGGAACCUGCAUUCCUCAAUAACAUUGGUCGCUAUAGGCGUUACAAGUUUGACAGCAUCCGUGACUUGCUGCGUGUAAUAAGGAACAAGUUAAAUCACUACAGAGAACUUCCCCAAGAGAUCCAGGAAUUAUUGGGGACAGUUCCUGAGGGCUUCGACAGUUAUUUUUCAAGUCGAUUCCCUAAAUUAUUAAUCGAGGUUUAUAAUGUGUUGUACAAGUACUGCAAAGAGGAGGAAUUUUUUCGCAAGUAUAUACAAGGCAAAUUGGUGUAAUUUGUUGCCACCACACUGCAUUAGCUUGUCAUGAAUCAAGUUGCUUUUGUAAUUGGAAAUGUAUCGUACAAACUAGUGUAACAGUAAAUUAAUAAGAUUACUAGUCAUAAAUUCUCUAGUUUCAUGGUUUCUGCUUA